AUGCCUCCCUUGAACCUGGCAAAGAAGCUGAAGCCAGCCAGAAAGGCCUGGAAGAACUUCACAAACAAACUGAAAUCAAAACUGCACAACUUCAACGUCUCAAAUUUCAUCAAAGCAGCAACUCAUCGCCUCCUUGAGUUCUGCUCGUUCCGUCUCUUUGCACCCUUCAAGAAACGCUUUCUUUCAAAGUAUACCUCCAAUCGCCCUCACCGGUAUAACUACAACAACCUCGACCAUUACCAACACUACCAGAGCCAGCUUCACAAGAACCGUAAAGUUAUAUAUAUAGACCAGCUCUAUCCAGAGCCCAUGUCAAUGCAAGCAAAGCGUGUCGAACCACAGGCGGAGACAAGCAGACGAAAUGAAGGGGAUGACCACAAGGUUUUGCAAAGAAAAGGCAAAGAAAAAGUAGAAGAGAGUAGUAUUUAUAGAAUUGAAGAUGCAUGCAAGGCUAUUGUCGCAAAAUCACCCCAUCUAAGGGGGGUUGAUGAAAGAGCAGAUGAGUUUAUACACAAGUUUCAUGAAGACAGGAAGCUUGAGAAGGAAAGAAGUGAUCUUGAUUUCCAGGAGAUGCUGGCCCGAAGUGCUUGA